CCGGCCCCCAAGUCAUUGAAGAUUCGAGAGUACACGUCGUCCUUCUGGGCCCGCGUCUGCAUGCGAUAGCCAGCGGCAAGAUGGAUUCCUUAAUCGACCUCUCGGAUGCCUCCAAGGCUCUGGACCUGUCGCGCAUCCGCUACCAGUUGAUACGGCUGGAAGACACCAUCACCUUCCACCUGAUUGAGCGCGUCCAGUUCCCGCUCAACGAGAACAUCUAUACCCCCGGGGCCGUGCCGAUACCCGACAGCAACCUGAGCUUCAUGGACUGGUACCUGUUUCAGCAAGAGAAGCUACAGUCCUUGAUCCGGCGCUAUGAGUCACCGGACGAGUUCCCCUUCUUCCCAGAGGCCGUGCAGAAGCCCAUUUUGGACUCGCUUAAUUACCCGCGAGUCCUGCAUCCCAACGACGUCAACGUGAACGACAAGAUCAAGAAGUUCUAUAUUGAGAAAUUCCUGCCCGUGGUGUGCCCGGACUUUGGCCACGGCGACAGGGGUGUCUCCCAAGAGAACUACGGAUCAGCGGCGACGUGCGACAUCGCCUGCCUGCAGGCUCUCUCGCGGCGCAUCCACUUCGGCAAGUUUGUCGCUGAGUCCAAGUUCCGGUCCGAGGCGGAGAGGUUUACUCGUCUCAUCAGGGCCGGUGACAGGGAUGGCAUCGGCGAGGCGAUUACGAACAAAGCCGUCGAGAAGAAGGUGCUGGAGAGGUUGAAGCUGAAGGCGCAGACGUAUGGGACCGACCCGUCUCUAGGCCCUGAUGGGUGGGAUCAGACCAAAAUCAACGUGCAGGCCGUCGUGUCUAUGUAUGAGGAUUUUGUCAUACCCCUGACAAAGGAGGUCGAGGUCGAGUAUCUGAUGCAGAGGUUGGAGCCGGCACAAUAAUAAUAACAGUCAUAAUCCCUGUUACUCCUUUUUUUUUCUCU